GCCAUCUAUCCAAAUGCAGUAUCUAUCUAUCUAUCUAUCUAUCUAUCUAUCUAUCUAUCUAUCUAUCUAUCUAUCUAUCUAUCUAUCUAUCGAUCUAUCUAUCUAUCGAUCUAUCUAUCUAUCCGAAUGCAGUAUCUAUCUAUCUAUCUAUCUAUCUAUCUAUCUAUCUAUCUAUCUAUCUAUCUAUCUAUCUAUCUAUCUAUCUAUCUAUCUAUCUAUCUAUCUAUCUAUCUAUCCAUCCAGCCAUCUAUCCAAAUGCAGUAUCUAUCUAUCUAUCUAUCUAUCUAUCUAUCUAUCUAUCUAUCUAUCUAUCUAUCUAUCUAUCUAUCUAUCUAUCUAUCUAUCUAUCUAUCUAUCCGAAUGCAGUAUCUGUCUGUCUGCCUAUCCGGAUGCAGUAUCUAUCUAUCUAUCUAUCUAUCUAUCUAUCUAUCUAUCUAUCUAUCUAUCUAUCUAUCUAUCUAUCUAUCUAUCUAUCUAUCCAAAUGCAGUAUCUUUCUAUCUAUCUAUCUAUCUAUCUAUCUAUCUAUCUAUCUAUCUAUCUAUCUAUCUAUCUAUCUAUCUAUCUAUCUAUCUAUCUAUCUGAAUUCAGUAUCUGUCUGUCUGUCUAUCCGAAUGCAGUAUCUAUCUAUCUAUCUAUCUAUCUAUCUAUCUAUCUAUCUAUCUAUCUAUCUAUCUAUCUAUCUAUCUAUCUAUCUAUCUAUCUAUCGAUCCGAAAGCACUAUUUAUAUGUCUGUCUGAAUAUCUAUCUAUCUAUAUAUGUAUGUAUGUAUGUCUAUCUAUCUAUCUAUAUAUGUAUGUAUGUCUAUCUAUCUAUCUAUGAAUUGUCUAUUUGUCUGUAGCCUAUACCUUCAUAUCAUUCUAUCUGCCUGUCUGUCUGAUUAUAAAUCACGAUGGCUUAUUGAAAAUCUAUCUUAGUGAUAAGCUCCCGAGCAAACAGGCAGGAGGUGUUUGUCGAGAUUGACAUGGCUCCGCGGUGACAACUGGAGUGUUUUUACACCUCCUUUCUAAAUAAGGCAGCGGCCCGUCAAGCAUAUGACCACCGGUCCAAUUUGGGAGCUGCCAAAGAGUCCAUCACGUCCCCUUCUCUCCUGUGAGAUCUCACUCUCCCCCGGGCUCUUCGAAUACCGCUGCUGCUGCAUACGAAGCGCGCAUCGAUCGCGGCCACUUUCCACAUCACAGAGUCAACGGUCCGGCGGGCAGCACUGAGAUGUCAUCGUGAUGUCAUCCCGCGGGUGGGUGACGUCAUCGUGAAGGUCUCCCCGGCAAGGUGAGCUUGCAUUUUUGGCGAGUGUGUGUGGUGCUCCCCACGCCAGCGUUUGGCCACCGAGAGAGGUGAAACAUGGUCAUCAUCGCCACCAGCUCAAGCUCCGCCGCCCUGCACUUCUCAUCUACCGAGGGGCUUAUUGCGUUACACGCCCGCAGCCCCGACCUGCCUUCCAAAAAUAAGCCCCUGCCACCAUGCCGAAAGAAGAAAAACAAGAGUGGUAUUUUUAGGGUCAUUAAUUUUGACCACGUGCCCCGAGGGUAAACCGGAUGGCCACUGCGCAAAGGCUCCUCACCAGUAUGUGCGAGACCAGCAGGCGCUGGACUGCGUUUCUUCUGCUUGGCUUUCUGCUUGGGAUCGCGUACUCCUACCCCAUCUCGAACAGGACUAAUGCAACCCCACUGGAGAAAAGGUGGGAGACGCUGUUCUCCCGAUCCGUUUUGGGGAUCUCGAUGGAGAAAUCGGAGCUGAACUGGGAGAAUGAUUAUUUGAUGGGUAUUAAGAGAGUGCGGAGGCUGUACUGCAACGUGGGCAUCGGGUUUCACCUGCAGGUCCUCCCAGAUGGAAAGAUCAGCGGUGUACAUAACGAGAACCAGUACAGUCUGAUAGAAAUCUCAACUGUAGAGAGAGGGGUGAUAAGUCUGUAUGGCGUGAAGAGCGAGCUGUUUGUCGCGAUGAGCAGCCGCGGAUGGUUGUACGGAACGAGGGUCUUCCGUGACGAGUGCAAGUUCAAGGAGACGCUGCUGCCCAACAAUUACAACGCAUACGAGUCUUCCAUUUACAAGGGCUUUUACAUCGCCCUCAGCAAACAUGGCCGCUUGAAGCGAGGCUACAAGGCCUCCCCAGCAAUGACUGUCACACAUUUCCUUCCACGUUUAUGAGCGGAACUGGCAAUAACACAAUAAUUUGCACAUGUCGGAUGUUCUGGUGGGGAACCUAAACUUAAGGUUUAUCGCAAAGAACAAAAAAUAACACUUACAGUAUUUAUUCUCGUUGAAAUGGUAAUAUAUGUAUAUUUCGGUAGCUUACUUUGUCUCUGAACUUUGUGUAAAUGCCAUUAUUUGCUGCUUAUGGUUUCUGUUAUGACUAUGUGAGAGUCGAGGUGCUUUAUGGGUGCUUGGUGUGAACUUUAGCCUGUCAUAGGAACGAGCAACAUCCUCAGCUUUUAAUAGUGAAACGAAUACUUUUUAUUAUACCUCAAAGAGCCACUGAAAAGAGUUACGAGGAAAGAAUCUGGAUGCCACCAUUUAAGAUGAAAGCACUUAUUUUCUGCAUUUAUUCCUGUUUUAUGAUUCGGUGGUGCCUUAGUUACUGAUUUUUCGACUCGUUUUAUUUGUAUGCAAUGAAGACAUGCCACUGUUUUGACUUUAUAGGUCUAUCAAUCAGUCUGGCAGGCUGUAAUCUCAGUUAAGAUUAGUUUGUGUUCUAUAUUUAUAUCGGACGACUUGCAUGGAUCUUUAUUGGUACCCAGAAAAACGUUUACAGCUUAUCUGGUAUGCAUUUGAACUCUUUAAUCUUUUACAUUUUGUCAUAAAUACCUUUUCAUUUUCUGGUCCUUGGUGGCAGUGACUGAUAUCCAGUUAGGUGUUAGCAAUUUGAUCUCACCAACAUGCUGACUGCAUACUUGAACUCUGCCUCAAAGGUCUUUGGAAUGUAAAAACCAAUGUGAAAACUGUCUUAAUGUCUUUAAGAUAACCUCAUUAUUCAUGCUUAAAUACCCAAACACCUGAUUUCAAACAGAUUUCUUCUGUAUUUUUACGCAUUCCCAUUCGCUAGCUUACACAGUAUGCCCAUUUUACUAGUUUUAAAGGAACACGCCCACAUUUUGGAAAUUUAGCUUAUUCACUGUAUCUCCCAGAGUUAGAUAAGUCCAUACUUC